UGCGAAUAUGUACGAUAAUUUCAAUACUACAAAAAAUAUUUAUUAAUAGUUUUUAUUAAUUAAUUAUAAUGGAAUCAAUUGUGUUGCAUUCGGAUAUCGCGCGUCUCGUUUUGGGCUACUUUGUAAAUAACAAUUUGAGACGUGCGGCACUCUCAUUGUGUCGCACCUCACCGCAUCUGCAUCAGGAGUUUAUUGCCUUGCGACAGGGCCUGCAGCCGCACAACUUUCUAAAUGACGGCCUAGAGGAUAUCAUACGAGAACACGUCAAGAUCACCAGCAUGGUGGCCAAUGCUGUAAAAAAGUUGCCAAACGACACUCGCCAACGCCUGCAGCAGCUGAAGCUCUCCGAGCGAGUUGACGAGCUAUUCAAGCUGAAUAGGUCAACAACAACAUCAACAACAUGCAACAAAGAUAGUACCGCUUGUAUGCAAAAUACGAAUUCCAAUACACAACACACACGUAAGAGACGUCGCGUACGCGUAAAUUCAUUGCCAUUGGAUGGGGAGCAGGCGAACCCAGUCCCACGAUCACCCUCAGAGCGUUUUAACUGUAAACGUCCACGUCUACUAGAUCCGCAUCUGUACUGCAGCAUUGGACGCACCGAUCACAUAGAGGAGUACCAAUCGCUGGACAGCAGCACAACCAGCGAUUUUACGAGUGAACAGACAGAUGAUACGCUACAUUUUCGCCAUGGGCAUGGACCCAAAAAUAAUUCCACUCCUCGUAUAACCACCAGUGAAGAAUCUGAGCUAAUGAUGCCAAUGCCACAGACAAUGCCAGAAAUAACGCAAGCCAUCAUGACCAAUCACGAAUUCCAAAAUAAAUUACUAAGCAAUAUAAACACGGCUCUACAAUCACUUACGGUACAUGCACCCACGGCAGAAUCUGUAAACUCAGAGGCAGUGCUAGAUGGUUUGGUAAGAAAUAUAUUGGAGGCCACUGAGAAGGACCCAUCAUUUGAUCGCAUCAUUCAGGAAGUGGUAGGCAUGGAUACAUCUGCGGAUGAGCCCAUACCCACAGCAGUAGAAGCACCAGUGCCAGUAGCAACAGCUGAAGUUGUGCCUGCACCACCGCAAACACCACUUAUAAUUCGUACAGCGGUGGCAUCAGCGAAUGCGGCAGCGGCGUCUGUGAAUGCCAAUGGAGAUAUUAAUAUGGGGAAUGGUAACAGUGGAAAUGCCAUCAUUCUAAAUGCAAACAGCUCGAUUGGCACGCUGAUUGAUCCCAAUUUCAGUAUAUCCAAACUCAUAGUGCUCAACUCGAACGAGAGUGCACAAAAGCAGCACCAGCAGCAGCCGACAGGAAACCUCAGCUUUGGUAGCGAGAAUCUCAUAAACUUUGCUGAUGGCUCUACUAUGGCAGAUCCGGACUCUGUUGCCAGUGUCGCGGCUGUAAACGGUGGCCAGGUGUGCGUGGACGCAACCAAUGGUCAGCUAACUUUUCCCAUGUUUCUAUCAAAUGAAGGGCUGCUUUCGCAUUUGCCGUUUCUGGUGAAUAACGAGUGGUUGGCGCAGCAGCUGCGCUCUGAUACAUUCACUAACAUGGACGUUUCACAUAUUGAGAUACCACUGCCGGAACCAAUUACAGUUGCUGCCAAUCAGCUGCCACCCAAUUCAAUAAUUAUCAAUAGCGCCGUUAAACAGCCUCCAACAACAGAGGAGGAGCCGUCAGUGGAACCACCGGCACAACUAAUUGCCGAUCAAGCUAAGGCAGUGGCUGGAAGUACGAGUCUACUCGAGCGCUCUACGAGCAAAGUGGCCAGCGCGAGUGCUGUGCCUGCCUCGCUAGACUCAUCGCGUCUAGUCCUGGAACGCGUGACACCUUCCACGUCAGGCAUUGUGAAUGUUAAAGCAUUUCGCAGUCUUUCCACACCUCGCAAGCGCACUUCACAUGUACGAACGCUCAAUUUCUCGCCGAAAGGAAUCUCUCAUAUGCAGGGUGUCACGCCGCUAUCCACGCGGCGUCUACAGCAGAAGCAGCAGACUCAGCGGCGAACGCAGCUCAAAACAGGGAAACGGAAAAAGGCUGAAGAAUUGAUAGAAACCAGCGUACAACCGGAGAAGACACUAAUUAUCAAGAGUGUGGAAAUUCUGCCAAGUUUUGGUACUACUCACAGCGUCCCACUAGCCACGAAUGCAUCUGAAGCUGUCGCAGCAUCAGAAAGUACUGCUACAGCUGCAACAAGAACACCUGCCGAUGUUAGUAGCAACGAAAGCAAUGGUUGCGUACCGCCGUUCUUUGCAAUGGAGGAAUGCAGCAAUCAGACGGUGAUUAAGGCAGUCACGGCACCCAAGCAGUUGGCAACUAACUCAUCUACCCCAAUGGUGGCCACGCCCAAGCGUAAGCAAACGCGCCGUGCUGCAACCAAAGCCUGUAAACGCAUUAUUUCGCAGGCAGCAGUAAGGGACGAGGCAAACGACCAGCAGGAGGCGGAUAAGGAAAUUUCCAGUUCAUUAGAUGACAGCAAAGAGAAUGAACGGCUACCAACAACACAGCACGUUCAGCUGCCUGAGCAAAAGACUGAACUGAAUAAGGAGAAGGAUGAUUUGUUGGCCGCCUGGCAGCGUCAGAUGAACAGCACUAGCACAGACUUAGAGUUGCGCUUACGCGAGAUCAACGCAAAGCGCCAAGAGGUGCUCCAAAGCAAACCGCGUGUUCGUCGCCACAGACCUGUAGCGGCCAACAAAAAGAAAGCCCUAGCCCUAUCGGUGUCCCUCACGCCGCUCAUUUCAAAGAAGAGAACCCAAAGGCGAAGAAGGGAACCCAAAGGCAGUAACAAUGUUGAAGGCGAGUUUACCAUAAAGAUAACAACGCCACAGAAGCCACUAGUAAAACCGAAAGUUGUCAGCCAGGAUAUACUCGAGCCGAAGGAAGUCAUUAGGCCCAAGGAGUCCAAUCAGCACAAAGAAUACAAGCCAACUAAAAAAAUCGUUAAGUCAGAGCAUGAGCAGCAGCUCGAGUUUGUGCAGCAAACACAACAACCUGUGACGCAGCCAGCAGUUGGCAAUCUGAAUACAAAGAACAAGCCGACAGAUUGUGAAAUGUCCAAUAUGGCGGUUCUUUUGGAGACGCCAUUUAAGGUGACACUAACAGAAGUUGAUGGUGACAUACCGCCGACGCCAGGGCCGAUGUUGAUGGAUACGCCUUAUGCUAAACUGCUGCCAUCUGCAUCGUUUCUUUUUGGCAGCGAUACAAAGAGCAUACUGGAUACGCCCAUGUUGACAGCCAUUACGCCGGGCAUGCGUCUAACGACGCCCUUUGGUCAUGCGCUUAACACUCCGCACAGCAGCGCGGCGAAAACGGAAUACUCCGCCGGCAGCUCCUAUUAUCGACCAGAUGAGGCCGAGCAUACGGACACAAAUGCACAGUGCGCUCUGCCAUCCACGUCCCCCAGAGACCUUGUGGAACAGGCACCCAAACAAUCCACAACUUACAUUGAGCUACAGGCUGAGCGGUUGCCCGUUGAGCCGACGGUGCUGCGUCGUGUGCGCUCGUUCGGCAGCGAGGCAGUGGACAGUAUUGAGGGUGCCGCAGCCUUGUCUGGUAAUGCGGAGUCGUCGACAUUGUUGGUAGAGACUCCGCACUAUAAACUAGUGGCAGGACUGCCUGAUGCUGUUGUGGAUCAUUCUAGCAGCAACUCGAGUGGCAGUAGCUCAACCUCCUCCAGCAGCUGCAGCUCAUCCAGUAGUGGCAGCAGCAGUAACAGCAGCCUAAAUACAUCCGCCUCUUCGGCAAUGUCUGGUAGAUUGACAAACGCUGUGAGUCCUGCACGACCGAUAAAACUAUUGGAGCUAGAAAAUCUAUCUGAUAUUAGCAGCACUGAGGACGACGAGUGGCUAAAGGUAGCUGCUGCCUGCGGUUCAUUGGAUGCUCCACCGCUGGAUAUCGACAGUGAACCAGCUCAACUAGUUAGCCAGGAUGGUGAGGUGCGCUAUCCCCUGCGUAGUUGGCUGACACCAAGCAAGGAAGCUGCUGCGGCAGCUACGGUUACGGUGGAUGCUGACACAAGUGGUGAAAUGGCUCCACCUGCUCCAGUGCCUGAGAAGUUAGUGCCGAACGUAAAAGCUCAGAUAACAAUAAACUCUAAAGAGGAGUCUAUUGAGCAGCGCAUGAUGGAUUUGGCCGAGGUGCGCGAGCGCGUCAAGGCGAAGUUUAAGCAGCAGACUACGCCAAAAGGGCGUCCCAGAAAAGUAAACAAAAAGCUCUCAACGAUGCGCGAAACAGCUAAGCUGGCGAAUCCCAAUAUAAGUCAUGGACAUAAAUCACCUAAGAAGGAGUUUGCAAGAGUGACAACGGACCAGGAAGAAAAAGUGAACAAUUCAAGUGGACCAGAGAAGAACCAGGAGACAUCGGCUAGCAAACCAGUGGAUCCGAUGCCAAUCAAGUCAAGUGAAGGCGUCCAAAGUAAUUUGGAAAAGCCGGAACCAGCUAGCAGUAAUCUUGAUCCCGCGCUUCUUUUUGCUCUGAAUCUUAGCGCCAAGAAACAACAGCAGCCCAGGACUGGACGUGUUGCUGUACAAAUUUCAGCUCAACCUGCUCCCUCGAUGACCACGGGUCAGCGACGUGGUCGACCUAGGAAGCCACCAAAUAUGGAGCCGUCGCGCUCCAGCAUGCGACGCUCCUCCCGACUCAUUGACAACAAAACUCCUGCGCCUGAAGAGCCACGGCCUUGCGAGGCAGAUAGACCAGUGAAGAUAUCGAGCAAUACCAAAGUAACAAAAAAACCAGCUAAGAAACGAGCUGAGGCGCGCGUUAAGACUGCAGCGCCUUCACUAGCCACGCUGGCCGAAGCACAGACAACGCAGCAGUCAGCCGAACAGCUGCAGCCCCGGAGUCAACCGCCUGCAUCGAGCGCAGCUCCUGAUGCCAGUGGCGACUACGAUCUAAAUAUGUGCCUGACAAGCAGUCAUGUGGCCAACACAUAUAGCUUUGCCUAUGAGGACAGUGGCAGCAAGCCGACGAAACCUGUGCUACGUCAGCCGCCCGCGUUCUUCAAGAAUUUUCAAAUGCGCAUCAUGGUCGACAACGAAAUGCACAGCGUACGCAUAACGAGUCCACAGGUGCUCCAUCAGUCACUGGACGCCACCGACGACAAUGCGAGCUCCACUAGUAUACGCAAUAUACCCAAGAAACGCAUCAUUCGCUUCACCAGUGUAGGCAGUGGCAUCCAGGAGCUGGCAGCGGCCCAGGACAUGCCCAUGGCGUCAUCCACGCCGUUAGCCACGAAUACACAGGUCGAGGAGCACGAUGAUAACGACAUGGAAGUGGCCUCGAUUAAUACGCCGCAGAAAUCCAACACGAGUGAGGAGCAGCAAAUGGAGUUGCACGAUGCUGGCGUUCAGAUCGAGGAUAUUGAAUCUAUACUCUCGCAUUUACAUGGAACAUAAUCCCAGCGGU